GGUCUUUCAGGCCAAGUCGGUGCUAUUAUAAGAGCUCUUCAAAUGCAAAUAAAUGUAUUUAAUUUUAUUCGCCCUGCUGGACACAGCGACUACAACUAUACGGUUCUGGGCAAUUUUACGCACUGGUCUCCUUUCAAGCGAGCUGUCACUGGAGUCACUUCUUGAAUUAUAAUUUUAUCAUUCUCUUAUUGGCUGUACAAAUAAAGAUGGGGAGUGCACUGUGUAGAAACUACGCUAUAUACCAGUGGCAGUCACUUUAGUUCAGUGUCUCCCGCAGUGUUGUGUGGACGCACGCAGGGCCAGUGAAGGAUGAUGAUGGUUUCAGCACUGGGUGAGGGAGGGAGGGGGCGCUGCAGGGGCCCCUGACCAUCACUGUCAGUGGUCCACACAACACGGAUCUCUCUUUAAAUCUUAUUUUAGCUAUUUUGUCCAAAAAAAAAAAGCUCUUUUUUCCUUUCCCAAACUGUUUCUUUUUUAAGUCUUGUAACGCUACACCUUUUCUCCCUGUUCCUUUACCUCGCAGCGGGAUGCGCAAGUCUCCCGACGUGAGCCCCAGAAGGCUUUCGGACAUCAGCCCUCAGCUCAGACAACUCAAGUACCUGGUGGUGGACGAGGCCAUCAAAGAGGACCUGAAGUCCUCGCGUUCAGUUGAGGACAUUAACAGCGCAUCCAUAGAGGAGCGGAUAUUGCGCAUCACCGGCUAUUAUGGAUAUCAGCCGUGGAAUGGGAGCUACAAGAGAGAAGACCGUCCCAGGGAGAAUGUGGUGGGAACGACAGACUUACAGACGGCCGCAGGUCAGACCGGGGCCGAGACCAGCUCCAACAGACGGUGGCUCCACUGCUGCAUCAGAGUGACAACCGUGCAGGUGCAGAAGGCCUUGUGGGGAGUCGCCAUGGUCAUAUGUGUGUGCUCCUCCUGGGCCGGCUCCACCCAGCUGGCCAAGCUGACCUUUAAAAAGUUUGACGCCCCCUUCACCCUCACUUGGUUCGCCACCACCUGGAACUGCCUUUUCUUCCCUCUGUACUAUGUGGGUCACCUGUGCAAGAAUCCAGAGAGGCAGACGCCCCGACAGAGAAUCAGGGAGUGCUGUAAGUUUUUCGGGGAUGACGGUCUGAGCCCCAGGGUUUUUUUCACCAAGGUUGCCCCCUUUGGCCUGCUGUGGAUCCUCACCAAUUACCUGUACCUGCAGGCCCUCAGGAAGAUCAACACCACAGACGUGUCAGCGCUCUUCUGUUGCAACAAGGCCUUUGUCUUCCUGCUCUCGUGGAUUGUACUCAGAGAUCGCUUCAUGGGAGUCAGGAUAGUAGCCGCUAUCUUGGCCAUAGCAGGCAUCGUGAUGAUGACCUACGCUGACGGGUUCCACAGCCAUUCGGUCAUUGGCAUCACUCUGGUCGUGGCCUCUGCUUCAAUGUCUGCGCUCUACAAGGUGCUCUUCAAGAUGGUCCUGGGGAGUGCCAAAUUUGGAGAGGCAGCGCUAUUUCUGAGCAUUGUUGGAAGUGCCAACUUUGUUUUUCUCAGCAUUGUGCCCAUCAUUCUAUAUUUUACACAUGUGGAGUAUUUUGGAUCCCCUGAAAACAUACCCUGGGCGUACCUCUGUGGGGUUGCAGGCCUGCUUUUUGCUUUCAACAUCCUGGUGAACUUUGGCAUUGCUAUCACCUAUCCUACAUUAAUAUCUCUUGGCAUCGUCCUCAGUGUUCCCGUCAACGCCAUGGUGGACUUCUACACAUGUGAUAUACAUUUCAACACUGUACGUCUCAUUGCUGUCUUCAUCAUCUGCCUGGGCUUCCUCAUGCUGCUCUUACCAGAAGACUGGGAUCAGUGGAUUAUCCAGCUCAGCACUAAACUGCGUAAAAGGGACGAGCCAGCAGAGGGCAGUGGAGAGGCAGGUGCAGGCACAACUCUUGGCUGGAGGGGCAGAAGCAGGGCCUCCACGUAUGCACGAUGAACCUGUAUGGGAAUAUAACAGUUUUAACACAGAGACACAGGGAUGAAGACAGUUUCCAAGAACCGGUGUGGGUUCUGGUACUUUUGACCUUCCUGGAUUGUAGAACUAUUCUGGACUGCUUUCUGCACACAAAGAUUAAGUUAAAAUGUGAGACUUGAGAGAAAUAUAUUGCAUAUCAUUCAUUAGACCAUUAGUCCAUCCCACUCAAAAAGGACUGGGUGCAUGGACUCAUUCUAACUCCAAUUCUUCUUUCCUCAGCCCUUUCAGAAAAAAACAUUUAGUUGUGUAGAAAUAUCACACACACCAAGCCGGGGAUUUGCCAAUUUGCCUAAUGAGAGGCAUUUGCUGAAGAAAGGCCUAACACCUCGUGAGCUAACUGGCUUUAAAAUACAGACAUUUAAGAUCCAAAGAAGAACGCCUACAACGCUGAAUGCCUAAAAACAAAAGGUACACCUCAGACGUACAUUUGUGACAAAUGACCUGCCUUUUGUGGACUGCACAAAACAGUAUUCAACACCUCUGGUGUCCUUGAGCCUUUGUGGUGCUGCUGGUCUCAUCAGGUGUGUGAGGACUUCAGUCUGGACAUCUGCAGAUCAACCUGAGAUGAAGACAUGGCCACAUGACCUCGGUCUGGAGAAGCAGGUGUUGGUGAUUUGGUGACGACGGUUUUUCCACUUCUCGCUCAGUCCAGCAGUUUAGUCAGGAGUGACGUUAAAGCAGUUUCUCCACUGCAUAGGAUUUCAGUGCAUGAGAUGAUUGUCAGAAAACGCCAAUGCUGGCGUUUUCUACUGCUGUAGAGUUGCUGCCAGACUGACGGCAACAUUUUUUUUUAUCCAAGCAAUGCAGGUAAUACGUGAGUCCACAUGUGCUGUCGCUCAAAAAAAUAAACAUUCACAACUGAUGCUUCAGGAAUUGAAAUAUGUGGAUGUGAUAACUAACACCUUAUAAUGGGACAUCAAUACUUGGAAACAACAUCUUUAACUUUGACCAUCCAACACUGAGCUACGACUGAGCCUCUAGUUGAAGUUCUGUCAAAUUAGAGUUUUUGGAUGAGCACGGUCUUAGUUGGGGCAGUAAAUCCUACAAUCCUGUUUUCAUUUAAAUUGUAUUUUAUGAGGCAACUGGGAUGAUCAGCCUGGGAGCACUGGGGUCAAACUUUGCCUUGCUGUGAAUGUACUAACUGCUAGCAACCACACAUGCACACAAAGUGCUUUUUCAGCAGUCUACAGACUGCUCUGUUCAGACUUUACACACAACACUUCUCCACUCCCAGUGCAUUUCAUCAAACAAGCUCUGUUUUUUUUGUGUGUGUUGUAUUUUUUAUAUUUUGGCAUUUUUGUUGCUGACUCACCCAACAGUGACGGCUGCAGGAUGAGCGUGCACGUACUGUACGAGCAGAUGCAGCCGACAGAGUCUGCUUCACC